AUGAACUUAUGGCCGUUCAAAGUCAUAGCUGACGCAAACAACAAGCCCAUGAUUGCUGUAAAGUAUAAGGGUCAGGAGAAGAGCCUAUGUGCGGAGGAGGUUUCAUCAAUGAUCCUCACAAAGAUGCGGGAGAUUGCGGAGGCACAUUUGGAAUCACCUGUUAAGAAUGCAGUUAUCACUGUGCCUGCUUAUUUCAAUGAUUCUCAGUGUAAAGCCACCAUAGAUGCUGGUGCUAUUGCUGGCCUAAAUGUUAUGCGGAUAAUGAGCGAGCCUACUGCUGCAGCUAUUGCAUAUGGCCUUGACAAGAAAACUUCUUGUGUGGGAGAACGGAAUAUUUUUGUAUUUGACCUUGGUGGUGGAACUUUUGACGUGUCUCUUGUUACAAUUAAGGAUAAGGUCUUCCUAGUUAAGGCAACGGCUGGAAACACUCACCUUGGUGGAGAGGACUUCGAUGGCCGAAUGGUUAAAUUACUUUGUUGA